AUGCUCAUCGGGAAUGAAGAAAAGCCAGAACUAAGCAUGCCUUUUUUUGUAUUGGUCCAUUUCCAAAAUGAAAACAGUGCUCAGUCUGGGGAAAAUGAAGCGGAUGAUGCAGCUACGGGCAAGGCUUCCCCCUUUAACUGCAUACCCUGUGACUCUCUGUCCAUUCUUCACAAGUAUUAUCAAUUGGGAGAGUUCGUUAUUGGUGGCAUCAUCUCACAAAUCUAUAUCACUUCGGAAAGGAUCACAUUUACAAGAUAUCCUCACUGGGAAGAAGUUGAGGAACUCAUUUAUUUCAGUGCAAGAUUUACCCACCUUGCUGCAAUAGACCUUCUCUCUACUCAGAGCAAAUCAGUCCCUAACUACAAGUGUGACAUCCGGAACACUCCAACGGCUGUCAUUGGGGGACCAUCCUCUGACACUGAUGUCCAUAUGGCCCCCAUUCUAAGCAACUACAAAAUUCCACAGCUCACAUAUGGGUCGCCUUCAGUGAUAAACGCCAAGAGUCAGUCUGUUUUCAUCCAAUGGAUGUUCCCAAAUAGAAACUACCAUUAUAUGGGGAUUCUCCGGUUACUUUUGCAUUUCAGGUGGACGUGGAUUGGGGUGAUAUAUUUGCAUAUCGAAAGUGCAGAGGUUUUUGUACGUAGCGUGCUUCCCGACUUUUCCCGGAAAGGCAUCUGCUUUGCCUUCAUAGAAAGAUUCCCCAAAAUAGCAUCUUCCAAUAAUAUUGCUGAAGUGAUGGAGAGGGGAAUGAAUUUAUACAACAUUGCCAUGAAGAGUACCGCCAAUGUGCUGGUGGUCCACGGAGAAAUUCAGAGCAUGAUGAUUUUGAGGAUGUUGUUGUAUUUCUCACGUUUCAACAACAGACUGGUGACGGAAAAAGUCUGGGUUAUGACAGCCCAGAUGGAAUUCACAUCACUCGCCUUUCAGCGAAAUUGGGACUUGGACUUCAUCCAUGGUGCCGUAUCCUUCGCCGUUCACUCGCGGGAGGUGCUGGGGUUCCAGAACUUCCUCCAGAGGAGAAACCCUCACGUGGAAAAAGAAGAUGGCUUCAUCAAGGACCUCUGGGAAGAUGUGUUUAACUGCUCGUUCCUUGGCUCUGACUCAAAUGGGGUGGCUAAGAAGAUCUGCAGUGGGGAGGAGAAGCUGGAGACCCUUCCGGGAUCUGUCUUUGAAAUGACCAUGACUGGCCACAGCUACAGUGUCUACAAUGCAGUCUAUGCUGUGGCCCUUUCUGUGCAUGCCAUGCGUUCGUCCACAUCCAGACAAAAUAGUCCGACAGGUGGAGGGAUUUUGAAGCUGCAGCAACAACCAUGGCAGCUCUAUCAUUUCCUGAAAAGCAUCGUCUUUAACAACAGUGUUGGGGAAGAGGUGUCCUUUGACCAAAAUGGGGAAUUGGUAGCUGGAUUCGAUAUUAUCAACUGGGUCACCUUUCCGAACCAGUCCUUCCGGAGAGUCAGAGUUGGAAGGGUAGACCCAAAGGCUCCUCCCGACAGCAUAUUUACCAUUUCUGAAGAUGCCAUUGAAUGGCCAAGUGGAUUUAACCAGGUUUGGCCCUUUUCCAUGUGUAACAGCGUUUGCCGUCCAGGCUACAGUAAAAUGAAGAAGGAAGGGGAGCCGUUUUGCUGCUAUGAUUGCUUUCGAUGUCCAGACGGGAAGAUUUCUAACCCUUCAGACAUGGAUGACUGUUUUUCAUGUCCUCCAGAUCAUUAUCCCAGCAAUGACCACAAUCGAUGCAUUCCCAAAGGCGUAAGCUUCUUAUCUUAUGAAGACACACUGGGAGCCGGUCUGGCGACGUCUGCCAUUUCUCUGUCGCUCAUCACAGCUUGGGUCCUGGGGAUAUUCGUGAAAUACCAGGACACUCCCAUUGUCAAAGCCAACAACCGCAGCCUCACCUACACUCUUCUCCUCUCCCUCCUGCUAUCUUUCCUUUGUGCUUUACUAUUCAUUGGCCGACCUGAGAAGGUCACGUGCCUCCUUCGGCAAACAGCUUUCGGCCUCGUCUUCUCUCUGGCCGUGUCUUGUGUCUUGGCCAAAACUACCACUGUGGUUCUAGCAUUCGUGGCCACCAAACCGGGAUCAGGGAUUAGGAACUGGGUGGGGAAACAGUUGUCAAUCUGCAUUGUUCUGUCCUGCCUACUUCUUCAAGCCACCAUCUGCACCUGCUGGCUUCCCCCAGAUCCUGACAUGCACUCAGUGACUGAAGAAAUCCUACUGCAGUGUAAUGAAGGGUCCCUUGCUAUGCUUUAUUGUGUCCUGGGCUUUCUGGGCUUCUUGGCCAUGGUGAGUUUCACGGUGGCUUUCCUGGCCAGGAAAUUACCAGACAUAUUCAACGAAGCCAAGUUCAUCACCUUCAGCAUGGUGGUCUUUUGCAGUGUUUGGAUCUCCUUUGUUCCAACCUACUUAAGCACCAAGGGGAAAUACAUGGUGGCCGUGGAGAUUUUCUCCAUCUUGUCCUCCAGUGCUGGUUUGCUAGGUUGCAUCUUUUCUCCAAAGUUAUACAUCAUGAUGUUGAAGCCUGAGUUGAAUAACAAGAAACAGUUACUAAGGAGGAAAGAAAAAGAGGAAGAUGCAAAUGCCACGGAUCUUCCCCAAGGGCUGCCCACUGGACCAUUGGAGAUCCUGGAGGAAUCCCCUGGCAUCCAACAAGAAGCCCUUGGUGCCUUGCUGCGGGUGGGCUGUGUACGGACUAGUUAUUACCAACAUGUCUUGGCCUUGGUGUUUGCUGUGAUGGAAAUCAAUGAAAACCUCCGGCUCCUACCCAAUGCCACCUUGGGCUUCCAUGUAAGUAACACCUUCCUCAAUGCAAGAGAGACCUAUCAUGCCACGAUUGAACUCCUCUCUACAACGAACAGAGUUAUUCCCAACUAUAAAUGCGACUUCCAGAGCGAUCUAAUUGCAGUCAUUGGAGGGCUCGAAGCUGAAACUUCCCACUACAUCUCAACAGUGUUAUCCAUCUAUAACAUUCCACAGGUGGACGUGGAUUGGGCUCAUUAUGGUGGAAGACGAACGGGGAGAACGAUUCCAGCAAGCCAUGUCCCCUCUGUUUUCUGA